AAAGACAGACACUUGCAUUUUAACAUACAGCAGCUAGAUACAGGGUUAAUAUUAAUGAGCAGUUAAUAAAGUUGGUAUCUACAAGGAGCAGUUAAACUCCAAGAAAAACAGACAAGACAAGCAACCCAACAGCUAAAAGAAAGGCAUAUGGAUACUUCAUACCAUUGAUUAAAAGGAUCCAGAAAUUACCUAGAAAGAUCGAAUGGACACCUUAGGAAGAGAAGGACCAUGGGAAGGAUGGAAGGGCAGUGUGCAACCAGCCCUGAUGUUCUCAUUUGUAUUUCUAGUCUGCCUGGAAGCCUGCAUGUGGGUAAGAAGCCAUGGGCAGAAAAGGAGCCCUCCUGGACCAUUCCCCUGGCCUUUUGUGGGCAAUGCCAUGCAGUUAGGACAAACACCUCACCUUACCUUCUGUAAGAUGGCUCAGAGGUAUGGCAAUGUGUUUCAGAUCAGACUGGGGAGCCAUGACAUUGUGGUCCUAAAUGGAAGCUCCACCAUCAGAGAAGCUCUGGUGAAGCACAGCUCAGAGUUUGCAGGGAGACCUAAUUUCACAUCCUUCAAAAUGAUAUCUGGAGGGAAGAGUAUGGCUUUUGGUGGCUACAGUGACCUAUGGAAGAUUCAAAAGAGAAUAGCCCACUCAACCCUAAGGGCAUUCUCCACCAUCAAUGCAGAAACCAAACAGCAAUUUGAACAGCAUGUAAUAUCAGAAGUCCAAGACCUGAUCCAGGUUUUCAUGGAUCUAAGUUCUGGAGGUCAGUUCUUUGACCCUUACCAUGAGUGUACUGUGGCUGUGGCCAAUGUCAUCUGUGCUUUGUGCUUUGGGAAACGUUAUAGUCAUGAUGACCAGGAGUUCAAAGCCUUGGUUGGAAGAAAUGACAAAUUUGGGCAAACAGUGGGUGCUGGAAGUCUAGUGGACAUCAUGCCCUGGCUCCAAGCCUUCCCCAACCCUGUGAGGAGCCUCUACCGCAGCUUCAUAGACUUGAACAUGGAGUUCUUUGAUUUUGUGAAAAGUAAAGUCACCCAGCACCGAGAGACUUACCAAGCUGAGGUCACCAGAGACAUGAGCGAUGCCUUCAUAGGGGUUAUAGAACAUGGGUCAGGAGCUGGUCUGGGCAAAGACUAUGUGGAGGGCACUGUGACAGAUCUUCUAGGUGCAGGUCAGGACACCAACUCUACAGCUCUGGCUUGGAUCAUACUCUUACUCAUUAAAUACCCCCACAUCCAGCAGAAGAUACAAGAAGAGAUUGGCAGAGUGGUGGGUCAGGACAGGCUGCCCACUGCUGGGGACAAAGCCCACUUGUCCUAUGUGCAAGCCUUCAUCUAUGAAGCUCUGCGCUUCAGUAGCUUUGUACCCCUCACCAUCCCACACUCCACCACCAGCAAUGUCAUCAUUGAUGGCUUCUGCAUACCCAAGGACACUGUGGUCUUUGUCAACCAGUGGUCAGUAAACCACGAUGAGACCACAUGGAAGAACCCUGGAAUGUUUGACCCUGAGAGGUUCCUGGAUGAACAUGGACAUCUAGAUAGAGAUCUUACCAAUGGGGUGAUGAUCUUCUCCAUGGGGAAGCGAAGAUGUAUUGGGGAUCAGCUUUCCAUGCUGCAGAUGUUUCUCUUCACCACCAUCAUGCUUCAUCAGUUGUCUUUCCAUGCCAACCCCAAAGAAGAACUGACCAUGGACUGUAUCAGUGGUCUGUCUCUGAAGCCUGUUCCAUACACAGUGACUGUGAGAGCCCGCAAGCAUGCAGCAAGCGAAGUCAUCGCAUUGUAAAGCUUUGCGAACUCCCAUCGGCUUUCCAGGAAAGGAUUACUGCCAGCAGUCUCCAGAACCAUGCCAGUCUGUGGUCAGUGUUCUUUGUAUUGGGCAGACUGGAACAAAUGGUGACAUCUUUAGUAUACCAGAAGCAAUAACUCCUUCUCCUGCUGCUGGCAGAUACUUCUCCAUUCUUAGACUUGUAGUUCCACCAUAGGAAGUCCCCGGUCGCUUUGUUCUAUGCAUGUAAGCUGGUGGUGGGGCAUUGAGUCAGCCAGCUCUGCUUCCAGCGUGAGCAGCAGGCGGAGUCCGGGGAGUCACCGUGCAGCCCGCCCGCCUCAUUACCUGCUGCGCUUCCACACUGUCAGCGCUAUACACAGCAUUCCAUCUCCUACAAAGUCAUUUAUACCACUAAGUCCUGAAAAUCCAUGUAUAGUGACCAGUGAUCUAUAGUGACCAGUAAAUCUGUAUUAUUAGAUGCACUGAGAACGAUUUCAUAAUUACAGCAGUAGUUUACUAAAACAUUUUAUAUUGCUUUAUAUUGCUUUGCAUUAUCAGUUUAAAAGAAAGAUUAUUCUAUUGUGUAUCAUGUACCAGCAAAGGAUACGAUAAGGUGAUAGUGUUACAUUUCACACAUUCAACUGUUCCUUGAUAUAUAUGUUCUUAGAUGUUCGUCUCUUGUAUAAAAGUAGUGCUGGAUGGUGACACUGUGACAAUGCUGAUCUCUAGGGACAAGUGUCCCCAUCAUACAAAAAUCAUAUGACAGCGAGCUAUAGUUCUAUACACUACAAUUGUCUAAUACCGGUCAUUUACAUAGAUAGGAUAUAUAUAUAUAUAUAUAUAUA